GUGUGCAAGGCGGGUAUGACGGGGCUGAAGAAGCGGGAUCGGAAAAAGGGGAAGGCGAAAGCGAAGGGUGGUGCUUCGAAAGUUACCAAGGCUUGACCGUGGGGGUUGGUUAUCUGUGAUGCGGCUGAUGUUGGGGUUUUGCAUUUAUGGCGUUAAUGCUGGCUUUUUUUCUAUAUCCUUUUGCACUAGAUCUUGUUGCAGUGCAUGUGGUAUGCAAAGGUACCUUAAUUGUACUUAAUUGUCAUGGCAUAUGGUUUGCUGGCGGUCUGGACCCAGUUUGCCUGGUCCAGUAUCAAUGCCUCAUCUGCAACUUUCAAUGGAAACGGGUAUAUUGGCAAUCGAUGAUACACGCUAAAGGUACAGGUUUCAUUAGGGAGUACAUAUCCAAUGCGAGACUUGAUCCACCGAAGAAUCUUAUGACCGCCCAAACAGACAUGGAACAGCAGAGAAAGAUCAUACAAGAGGAGUCGUUAGAGACCAAGAAUGCGGUGCGCCCAAGCGAGAAGGCGCCUGAAUGAGAAACGAGAGGACAUUAAAACACGGUACUGAAAAAAAUAGGCAAGAGAAAGAUAGGUAUCAGGGAAAGACGAUGGAGGUGGAUUAUGACAUGGUUAGUCCAGAUCCCAGGGAUCGAGUUUCUUCGUGACAUCCGACCCUG